GUAACGCCAGUUACUAAAAAGACAUUAAGAAAUUAAAGGCAUAAAAGCGACGUCGCCUGGCGCAAAGUGCCGCGGUUACUGCGUGAGCGUAACGACCUGGGAUUUUUUACUUGAGCAUUGAAAUAGCGAACGUGACAUUCAAACUGCUCGGUUUGAAAUCUCAGCAUAGCAAGCAAAGGAAAAAUCUUCAAAAUCAUGCCGCCGACGACAAAGGCAACGGCAACGGCAACGGCAACGGCAACAGCAACAGCAACAGCGACGUCGUUUCUGUCGCCAACGCAGAGAUACGCAGCUGGAGCCUUAUUCGCCAUUGCACUUCACCAAGCUCAAACCCAUCAAACUCGACCUCUUGGCUUCUCUCCUGACGUUGACCCAACCGAACCACAACAACAAGGUGAUCGUACUAGUUGCAGUAGCAGUAACAGCAGCGACUCCGUAUCCGAAGAUCCUGACCUCUGGGUCCACGAGACCUUGGGUCUCCUCCGACCGGUUUUCAGAUUUCUAGAGAUUGAUUCUAAUGCUUGGCAUGGUCUCGAGGAAACUGCUGGGUCUUCUCCAGCUAAAUAUCAUGUUGGAGCAUUUCUUAGGUUGCUCGCAGAAAAUAAUGAUGAUGAUAAUGCUAGUUCUUCUCAGAGUUCAUCCGAUCAAGAACUUGCUUUGUCUAAAGCUGUUGAUGUUAUGUCACAAAACAUGGAAACAGCUACAGUAUCUUUUCAAUCUAAGAAAGAGAAGCAUAAGGAGUAUGAAUAUGAAUGUCGUGAAAAAUUAUCGAAUAAUGAGGUUCAGUCCGAUAAUGAAGCAGCCAAAGAGCUAUUAGAAACUGCACAAGAGAGUCGUGAGAAGUUAUCCUCCGCUCAGGUGGAAUUGAACUCUGAUGUAGCCAAGGAGUCGGUAGAAACUUUGAAGGAGAGGGAUGGUGUUUUAGUUGGUGUAAGUGGAGUUGAUGAGAAACCUAUUGAAGAGGAAAAGAUGCUUAGUUAUCCUAGGAAAAUAGCUGUUCUUUAUGAGAUUCUUUCUGGUUGUUUGGCUGAUAAACGUGAAGAUAAUAAUAAAAAGUAUACAAGGCGAAGAAAAGGUUAUGAUGCUCGACAUCGUGUGGCUUUAAGGUUACUGGCGACAUGGCUGGAUAUCAAGUGGAUUCAAAUGGAAGCCAUUGAGACAAUAAUUGCUUGCUCCGCAAUGGCUGUAGCAAAGGAGGAAGAAUCAAAGGAAGAAGCUAGUCAUUCAACUAAAAGCAAAUGGGCUAAAUGGAAGCGUGGAGGCAUCAUUGGUGCAGCUGCAAUAACUGGAGGAACCUUAUUGGCUAUUACUGGAGGACUAGCUGCCCCAGCAAUUGCUGCUGGAUUUGGCGCUUUGGCUCCAACAUUGGGCACUCUUAUCCCUGUGAUUGGAGCAAGUGGAUUUGCAGCUGCUGCAAGUGCUGCAGGAACAGUUGCUGGUUCUGUUGCUGUUGCUGCAUCAUUUGGAGCUGCUGGAGCAGGGCUUGCUGGCACCAAAAUGGCCAGGAGAACUGGAAAUGUUGAUGAAUUUGAAUUCAAAGCUAUAGGGGAAAACCAUAACCAAGGCCGACUAGCAGUUGAGAUCUUGGUCUCAGGCUUUGUAUUUGACGAGGAAGAUUUUAUAAGGCCUUGGGAAGGUCAAAUUGACAACUUGGAGAGGUAUGUGCUGCAAUGGGAGUCUAAGAAUCUAAUUGCAGUGAGCACUGCGAUUCAAGAUUGGCUCACUUCAAGUAUUGCAUUGGGAUUAAUGAAGCAGGGUGCAAUGAUGACUGUCUUAAGCACGCUUUUGGCAGCAUUGGCUUGGCCAGCAACAUUACUCGCAGCUACUGAUUUUAUAGAUAGCAGAUGGUCAGUUGCUAUUGACAGAUCGGACAAAGCAGGGAAACUACUUGCUGAAGUGCUAUUGAAAGGAUUGCAAGGAAACAGGCCUGUGACACUUGUGGGUUACUCUCUUGGAGCUCGAGUGAUUUUUAAGUGUCUUGAGACUUUGGCUGAGACUGAACGUAAUGCUGAAGUUGUAGAAAGAGUUGUUCUGCUUGGAGCCCCCAUCUCUAUUAAAAAUGAGAAGUGGGCAGCAGCAAGAAAGGUGGUGGCUGGGAGAUUUGUGAAUGCAUACUCUACGAAUGAUUGGAUUCUGGGAGUUGCUUUUCGUGCUAGCCUGCUUACUCAAGGAUUAGCUGGAAUUCAACCAAUUGAUGUUCCAGGGAUCGAGAAUAUUGAUGUUACUGAUAUUAUUGAAGGCCACUCUUCAUAUCUAUGGGCUACACAAAAGGUUUUAGACAAGCUUGAAUUGGAUGCAUAUUAUCCUGUUUUCAGGAGCUCUGUCCACUACGAGUAGUAAAUCUCGCGAAUUCGGUUGAAUUCUAAAUUGAAAUUAGAUUCUUGCUGCUGCAACUCACCGGUUGAGAAUGCUUGGGAGUGUUAGCAUCUCACUGCAGGAAUUCAUGUUUCUGGUUCGAGCUAAGCUGAUUUCUGUUUCUAAUUUCCACUAUUUGAUUCUUCUUUAUUGUUUCUUUGAAACAUAAAUUUGAUUCAUUUUGUUUCUCCUCUUGUGUAUAUAUUAUAUUAUUAACUAAUGCCUUUACAACUUUUGUAAAGGGAAAUGUUGAAUAAAUCCACAUCUUAAAUCUCU